AUGGAGGGAAAGCUGAAGGAAAAUGUGUUGGAAACACUGAGGAAGUGCAGUGACCUGAAUCACCUCAAGCAACUUCAGGGUUACCUCACCACUCUCGGCCACGCCCACACCCACUUCUACGCCUUCAAGCUCCUUCGCUUCUGCGCCCUCACUCUCUCCAACCUCUCCUACGCACGCCUCAUUUUCCACCACCACCCCUCCCCCAACACCCACCUCUUCACCGCCAUCAUCACUGCCUACGCCGCCCACCCCGCCACCCACCCCUCCGCCCUAAUCCUCUUCCGCCACAUGCUCCGCUCCCAGCCCCCUCGCCCCGACAACUUCAUCUUCCCCCACGCGCUCAAAGCCUGCCCGGACUCACGCACCACUGACUCCCUGUUUGCUCAGAUUGUUAAAUCCGGGUUUCUCCACUACACUGUUGUGCAAACGGCGCUUGUUGACUCUUACUCCAGGGUUUCCGGCGGGGUGCAAGAUGCGAAGAAGGUGUUUGAUGAAAUGUCUGAAAGAAAUGUGGUGUCUUUUACCGCUAUGGUUUCUGGGUUUGCUAGGGUGGGGGAUGUUGAGAGUGCUGUGAGUGUGUUUGAUGAGAUGCCCGAGAGGGAUGUGCCGUCGUGGAAUGCUCUCAUUGCUGGGUGCACUCAGAAUGGGGCUUUCACUCAGGGGAUUGAGUUGCUUAGGAGAAUGGUUUGGGAGUGUAAUAGGCCGAAUGGGGUUACUGUGGUUUGUGCACUUUCGGCUUGCGGACACACGGGGAUGAACCAGCUUGGGAGAUGGAUACAUGGUUAUGUGUACAAGAAUGGGUUUGUCUUUGAUUCGUUUGUCUCGAAUGCGCUUGUUGAUAUGUAUGGGAAGUGUGGAAACCUUGGAAAAGCAAGGAAGGUUUUUGAGAUAAAUCCGGAGAAGGGGUUGACUUCGUGGAACUCGAUGAUUAACUGUUUUGCGUUGCACGGACAGAGUGAUUGUGCAAUUGCCAUUUUUGAGGAAAUGGUGCGGUGUGGUGGUUGCGUGAGACCGGAUGAGGUCACCUUCAUUGGUUUGUUGAAUGCCUGUACUCAUGGUGGAUUGGUUGAGCAGGGUUACAGGUAUUUUGAGAUGAUGGUUCGGGAGUAUGGGAUAGAGCCGAGGAUUGAGCACUACGGGUGUUUGAUUGACCUUCUUGGUCGAGCAGGGAGGUUUGAUGAGGCAAUGGAAGUUGUCAAUGGUAUGAACAUGGAACCAGAUGAGGUUGUAUGGGGUUCUUUGCUUAAUGGAUGUAAGGUACACGGCCGGACUGAUUUGGCAGAAUUUGCGGCCAAAAAACUGGUUGAAAUAGAUCCACAUAAUGGAGGUUAUGGUAUAAUGUUGGCCAAUGUAUAUGGGGAUUUGGGGAAGUGGGAGGAAGUGAGGAAUAUGUGGAGGACAUUGAAGGAGCAAAAGUCUUAUAAAGUUCCAGGGUGCAGCUGGAUUGAGGUUGAUGACCAGGUUCAUCAGUUCUAUUCUCUUGAUAAAUCAAAUCCAAAGACAGAAGAGUUAUACUGUGUCUUGGAAAGUCUCGUUGGUUUUAGAAAUGAAGUCAUGGUUGAACUGUAUUUCUACAUCUAG